AAUUCCCUUCCCGCCUGAUUUUUAAUUUGAUGCGAAGAAGAACUUGCAAAUACAGAAAUUGCACAUUCUCGAAGACGUCCACAACACAACAUACCGCUUUAAAGUGCUUUAGUCUUUGAUAGAUAACAUUGCAUUCAUAUUAUUGUGAGAAAUAUAAAGAAUUCGUUUUAUUGUUUUUUUGUACUGCAAAAAAAUCCAUUACAAAAUGCCAGGCAUUGCACCACUAUCUGUUGGCGUCAUUCCGCGUAUGAUGGCCGGCGAAGAAGUCGAAUCUCCUGUUUUUCAGAUACUAGGCGUAAAACGCAUUGUGGGAGGGGAGAAUGAACGCAUACGUUUAUUGAUUUCUGAUAGUAUUUAUUUCAAUAGUUAUGCCAUGGUGGCGACGCAACUGAAUUCCAUGUUUACAGAGGACAAGUUGAAGGAAAAUUCCAUAGUUCGUGUGGAUAAAUAUGUAACAUCGGUGGUCAAUAAAAACGAUUCAGGAAGACGUGUGCUUAUCAUUUUGGAAAUGACUAUUCUGAAUACUGGCGAUCAAGUGAAUAAAAAAAUCGGUGAACCCAUUUCAUACACAGAGGCAGCUACUAAUUCCAAGCCCACUGCCGCUGUUGUUGCACCCAAACAACAGGAAAACAAACCAAAGCCCAUGCAUACAAAUCACAACAACAAUCAUACUUUGGACCAAACCAUUAAUUCAGGCUUAACACAUCCCAUUGCAAGUCUAAGCCCAUAUCAAAAUAAGUGGGUCAUCAAAGUUCGAGUUACCGCCAAGUCAUCAUUGCGUACCUGGAGUAAUGCCAAAGGUGAGGGCAAACUAUUCAGCAUGGAUUUAAUGGAUGAGUCGGGAGAAAUUCGUGCUACUGCUUUCAAAGAGCAAUGCGAUAAAUAUUUUGAUAUGAUUGAGGUCGAUAAGGUCUACUACAUUUCGAAAUGUCAAUUGAAGCCGGCCAAUAAGCAGUACAGCACUUUGAAAAAUGACUAUGAAAUGACUUUUACAAGUGAUACUGUAGUCCAAUUAUGUGAAGAUGAUGAUGAUGGUGGUAUACCAGAAGUUAAAUAUGAUUUGAUAUCUAUUUCUCGUGUGGCCAAUAUGGAACCAAAAACUUCUGUUGACGUUAUUGGUGUAUGCAAGGAAGUUGGUGAAUUGCAAGUCUUUACUUCACGAACCACAAACAAAGAGUUUAAGAAGCGUGAUUUGACCUUAGUGGAUGCAAGUGACGCCGCGGUAACCCUUACAAUAUGGGGCGAUGAUGCCGUUAAUUUCGACGGCCAUGUGCAGCCGGUGAUAUUGGUUAAGGGUGGUCGUAUUAAUGAAUUCAAUGGUGGCAAGUCUAUAAGCAUGGGUGGCGGAUCGGUAAUGAAAAUCAAUCCUGACAUUCCCGAGGGACAUAAACUACGUGGCUGGUUCGAUAAUGGUGGAGGUGCCAAUAUAACUACUCUUGUAUCAGCUAGAACUGGUGCUGGAGGCUUCUCCACCGAAUGGCGUACUUUCCAUGAGGCUCGCAAUUUGGGGACUGGUGAUAAGCCAGACUAUUUCCAAACCAAGGCUGUGGUGCAUUUAGUUAAAAGCAACAAUGCCUAUUAUAAGGCUUGUCCUCAAGCCGAAUGCAAUAAAAAGGUUAUUGAUGAAAAUAAUGGUCAUUAUCGUUGUGAAAGAUGCAAUGCUGUAUUCCCCAAUUUCAAAUACCGCUUGUUGGUUAAUAUGAGCAUUGGUGAUUGGACUUCAAAUCGCUGGGUCACUUGUUUCAGUGAUAUAGGCGAACAGCUGUUGGGCCGUUCAGCUCAAGAAAUCGGAGAAGCUAUGGAUAACAAUCCCACAGAAGCUGAAGAAAUUUUCAAUUCUAUAAAUUUCCAUUCCUUUAUAUUCAAACUGCGUUCAAAAGUCGAAACAUAUGGCGACAUGAGCCGCAGCAAGUUAACAGUGCAGGCGGCAACACCAGUCAACUAUAAGGAAUACAACAAGUAUUUGAUAAACAAUUUGAAAGAAUUAACCGGUAUUAAUAAGGUUUAGUUUUACACAUCCUAUUUGUAAUUGUAUGCUCCAUGAUUUAUAUAUAAUUCGUUUUCGAUGAAAUUGUAUGUGUUUAUUGUUUAACUUUAACUUUACCUUAGUUUAUAAGACUUCCAAUCCUUGUUUUGUUAUUAACCAGAAAAUUAUAAUUUUCUGAAGGAAGGCAUUCAUCGUAUUUGAUAUACAAUUUGCAUCUUAAAAAUUCUACAAUCAUUAAAAAUAAACCGUUCAUGUUCUUAAAAAUUAU